ACCAACUUCCGCCUGCUUCUACUCCUAUUUAAAACACGUUUAAAUACUCAUUUUUUAAAUAAAAAUACAGGUCAUGGCAGGAGAAACAAUUCCGCUGGUAGAUGUCGCGAGCAACAGCAGCAGCAGCAUCAGCUCAAUUAUUCUCAUGGGUACCCUGGUAAUCAUUGUUAUAAGCGCCCUCGGAUGGUUCAUGCUCAACCAACAAUCAGUAUCAAUCAGCAACAAAAGCAUGGCGAUGGCAGCCGGAACCAGCGUAUCUACUAUGCUAUCAUCCAAGAAGCGCAACCUGGUGGUCAUCACAGGACCCAUUGGUGGCGGCAAAACCGCGCUCUGGUGUUAUCUGCGAUUCCCAAACAAGAACUCUGUUCCGCGUACACAAACCUCCAUGUCAGUCAACUCUGCCUUGGUCCAUGUUGAUGGUGUUCAGGCUCAUUUGGUGGAUAUCCCCGGACACCAAAAGUAUGGUUUUGAUAGAGAUACGCAUUUGUCGGCUGCUCGCGCUAUUCUUUUUGUUGUUGAUAGCGCUGGUAUCGUGCAAAACAUAAGGUCGACAGCAGAGGCGCUGUAUGAGGUGCUCGCCAAUGAACAUGUUCAGCAAAGCGAGGUUCCCGUAAUGAUCGUGUGCAAUAAGCAGGACGACCCGUCGGCGGUUUCGAAUUCGCAGAUUAAGAGCAUGUUGGAGGGAGAGAUUGAUAAGCUCAGGGUGAGCCGUCAGGCCGGGCUGGAUAGUUUGCGUGGCUCAGCUAUGGGCUCGGGCGCGGCUGCUUUAGGUGGUGAUGCUGACGAUGAUGCGGCGGCCGCUGAUAGGGCUACCGAUUAUCUGGGCUUUGACGGCAAAAAGUUCUGCUUUGAGGACCUGCCCAACGAUGUCCAGAUCAACGAGGCGUCGAUGGCGAUGGGUCUGGGUGUUGGCGGUCUCGAGCCGAUCAAGGCGUGGAUUGCAGAGUCGCUCAGUGCGUGAGCAAAAUAAAGGAAAAUAAAACAUUUGGUCUUUUCAUUUUAUUGGCAUCAGAAAUAAUUAAAUAUUUGG